AUGGCGGGUGAGACUUUAUUCCGCCGCCUCGAUCCUCCGUCUUUCGCAUCCCACUUCAACAGCAUCGUCAUGCCGAGGAUACUGCUUCUUUUGCUUGCGAUAGCGGCCCUGGUGGCCCUCGCAUCAGCCGGACCGGCCGGCCACGCCUCUGUCCUUCGACGAUCACCCUCCUUCGACUCAUCGGUCCGCCAUCAUCACCCCCGUUCCCUGCUGUUUGAUGGCGGUGCCAGCAGCGACGACGACAACAACUACCGCCGAUCGGCUUCGGCAUCAUGCUCCGAGUGCACAAAGGCCUUCUGCCUCAGCCAGGGCAUCGGCUUCUGCAAGGAUGCCAAGGACGAAAACGUCGUCACCAUGUGCUUCCAGCGGGACAGCAACAAGGACAAGAUCAUCGUCUGGGGCUUCAUCCUGGGCACCGUCGGCCUCUUGGGAUGGACAGCCUUCAAACGGGUGGUCGAAUGGCGCGACGGCAGGGGCAUCAGUCGGCAAGACAUAAACUACACACCCAUGGUGCACGGCCAAUGA